ACUAGCACACAUUCACAUAGUUAGUCACUGUUGACCAUGUAAUCUGAAAAUGUUUUCAGUUAACCAGAUCAGUAUGUGUCCCAAAGAUAAUCUUCCUUUAGUUGGACAGUGUGGAUUUGGCUGAUACAUGAUCAAGAAUUAAUUCUGUUCUUUGUAUACUGUGCUUAGUUAAACAGGCUAGGAACGUGCUGCUGGUAUUUGGAGAGCCACAGAUCUUUAGAUUGCUGCUUAGAUUGUAAAAAGUUUCUUGAAGACGUUUCAACAAUGAUGAGGCUGCCAAUGUCCACGGAAUUGACACAUCUAUUUUCGUAAAUUUAAGCUUUUUUUUUUUAGCUUUUCCAAUGUAAGGACGAGUCGUUCAUAAACAGGUUGUCACUGCAAACCAGCAUUGGAUCACUUCUCUUUCAUCUCACUCAUGUAGACCUCUAAACAGGAAGUUCAGUGUGUCCUAGUUUGAAGGUUUAUUUAAAAAAUCCUCCAUUUUAGAUCUGUAAUUGUACUGCGCCUCUUUGUUUGAACUAAUCUAGUUUGAUGUGUAGUUCUGAGGUCAUUAGAUGUUUGUGAGAUAACACUCUUCUGUCUUUUCUCCUCCAUCACACUGUACGUAAGUCUUUUUUAAAGCCUGCUGUUAGUGUUGGGAGCUGCGAGUCUAUCAACGUCAGUCUGGCCUCCUUGGCCCAGUCUGAUCACAGUGACAGUCCAGACUUUGAGGGUCAGACAUUAGAGCGAAUCAGUUCUAUGACCGGGGUAAGAAACCAGUGACAGAAGCAGAUGCAUGUUGCUGUGUAAGUGUGUGUCUGAAGCUUACUUUUACUCACAACUUUUACUUCAUUCAUUCAUUCAUUUGGUUCCCCCACAGCUGUGGAGAAAACGGGCUCUCUUUCUGAAGUUUCGUGCAAGGGUAUGGCAUGGUAAAAAAAGAAAAAGAUGCUUGUGAUGUUAUGCUUCUUUUUGCAAAUAGCUGCCUGCCAGACUUUAUCCAUGAAAGUUUUAGUAGUGCAUCAAAAGAUGAAGAAAUAUUAAAACUUAAACGAUCUAAGAUCUGUUAGUGACUACUGGUGAUUGUGCCUUCUGGUGAGCAUGUUGUUGUUUUUUUUCUGCAGAAAGAGUAAUGGAAACCUUCUGGCAUGAGAUCUACUGAAGAUGCUCUUUAACGAUCAGUUCAUUAAAAAUAGAUCAGGUCUUUUUCCUUUGCUUUGCUCUCACCUACAAUAAUCUUCUGCUCCAGUGAGGAGAAAGCAGUGGCCAUUUAGAGCUACACUCUAAUUAGAACACACAGGGCCAAACACACGCUUUGUUCACUGUACGUGUCAUUUGCCUUGCCGUGUUGUGUGUAUGCAUAUGUGCAUACACUAAAUGCAGUCUACACUGUAAUCAGGACCCUGUUCAAGCCCAUGAAAGGAGUGACCUUUGCUGUGGUUAACCACAUUUUCAACUGUCUGUUUUUUUUUUCUUCUAAAGUACAGUUUGGUCAGUGACGGUGUGUCUAGCAUUUUAAUGAAAAGUGUAGUGAUUACCCUCAACUAAUCUUGAAAGAAAAAAAAAGCUGCAAUCAGCAUCUCUUGUAAUGUGUCUCUUUAAAAUUAAGGCUACAUCAAGAGGGUUCCACGACCAGGCAGCAGCACAUCUAUAAAUGUUCUCUGUGAUCAAGCUGAGUGCAGUUCUCCUCCCAUAAGACAUGGGGCUUUUCGGGUGGCUGUGGAUGAGAUGGGAGUUCAGUUGCCUUACAGACCAGAGGUUGUAGGGUUUGAGGGUUGCCUUGUUGUUUGUAGUUGAAUGUGUGGUCGACAGGAACAGAAAAGCAGAAUUGAAGCACAGACCAUUACAAAUUAAAACUGUUAACUGUUGCUACCAUUUUAGGUAUACUUCACGUCUGCAUUGUUUCUGCUGUGAAAGUAUUCCUGGUUGGUGUUACGAUGCCACAAAUAGUUCUCUAUAAUUCUCAGCAUUCAGCACAAAGUUUACUCCUUGAGUAGAGACAGACAGUUAUAUUGAUUUCACUGACCACUGUUGAAUAGAUGAUUAUUUAGUUAAAAGAAACCUUUAGACUUUACUGGAAAAAGAAAGAUCUUUGGUUCCAUUGGCUGUUAAGAUCUUUUUUUAUUUCCAAGUAAUAUUCAUUUGUACAUCCUACAACACUAAUUUUCACUAAGUAUUGAAGGACAGUAAAUAGAAAUGUCAGCCAUAAAAUGUCUAAGCACAGAUUUUUGUCAGUGAGAAUGUUAGCUAACGGUUUGCCAAAUAUACUUUAAAAUACAAUAAAAUAAAAAAUACAAAAAUUAAAUGAUGUUAUCAAUAUAGGCAAACUAGCUAACCAAUUAGUAAAGUAGGCUCAAAAAUAUAGUUUACAAAUAUAGCUAGAUAAAUGUUUUUGUUUUAAGCACCUGAAAAGCCUUGGUUAACAAAACAUCAGUUAUAACCAUGGAAGAAAUCCCGGAGUUUAAUAUACUAGACCAACAUUAAAGACAUGCCCAGUAUUCUUGCCAGUCGUUUUUGCAGUACUAAUUUGAGGGUGUACAUGAGGUUUUAAAAAUGGAUACUUGUUCUUCAGAAACUCCUCCCUGCCUCUGAAAGGCUGUGCAUGUAUCACCGUGUACAACAUCGACCAAAGAUGAGAUUUAAAUGUCUGUUACUUAGUAAAUGUACAGAAGUUCUCUGCUGUGGCUUCACUCAGCAGGGCCCGGUCUGUGCAGAUGCACUGAUUCCAUACGGAUCAUGGGUCUAUAAUUACUGCAAAUUACAGAGGUACUGCAGUGAUGUUACAGUAAAAGAAAGCAAGCGAACUGCCAUGAUCAACAUGCUCCAAUCUGGAUUGGGAGGUAACGUCGACCAGAGGUUGGAGAAUGUGCCUUAGUGGACUAAAACAGGAUGGAGCGUGUAGAUGGAAGGUCGGGAGUUAAUGCAGAUGCAUUGUGUGGUAUCGGUUUACAUGCAUUUUACAUCAGCAAUAUAGACAGAGUGCUUUUCACCAGUGGGUAUUAGGAUCCAUUGAGAUACACAAGUCACAUGCUGGCAGUAGUGGUCUGUAAUAAGCUUUUUUGUUUACAAGAAAAUAUCUUUGCUAGCCUGGAUAUGUCUCAUAAAAGUACACAAAAGGACAUUUUAGGUGUCCUCAUUGAAUCUGUUUUUAUUACUAAAAUUUUUGUAGAGAGAUGAUGUUUGCAUUUUUAUUCUAGCUAAUCUCAGCAGCAGUGGCAGCUACACUGUGUCUCAAGGACUGUCCUCUCAUUCUCUCCUGUGCUCCCUCCUCCGCUGUCUCUUUUUCUCUGUUUUUCCAAAUGUCUGAGCAAGUGAGGGCUUGUUGUAGGAAGUGGCUGCAGCUCCUCUGACUGUGCAAUCAGAGGAGUAGGACAAGCAGUAUUUUCUGCACUGGAUUGUAAUCCCGGAAAAAAGCAUUUUUGCUCAGGCAGUCGGAUUUUCUAUGGAUGCUGCAUCAUACACUCGAAGGGAGUGGGUCAUGAAGAUUGACAAACAACAUCAGAGUAAAGACUCUGUGUUCUUCCGUGAUGGCCUGCGCAGGAUUGAUUUUGUCCUGUCGUAUGUUGAUGAUAAAGAUAAAGAUGAAGCCAAAAAAACAGGAGAGGAGGAAGGUUUAUGAAUCCAAUUUAACAAAAGUUGGUCUGCAGCUUGAAACAGAAGAUAAAUCAGAAUCCCAGGAUGGGAAGACUUACUUUGUGAAAGUCCAUGCUCCCUGGGAAGUGUUGGCCACCUAUGCAGACGUACUGAAGAUCAAGGUUCCCUUUAAAAUCAACGACAUCCCAGAUAACACGGAGAUGCCCAUGAACUGGCUGUCCACUCCCUUUCGUCUGCCAGAGCACAUCAUGCAUCCUGAGUCUGAUUAUUUCACAGCUCCUUUCAACAAGAGCAAGUCUGACUUCUUCCUUAUCGACAACAAAGACACAUUCUUUCCUCCUUCAACUCGAAACAGGAUAGUCUUCUACAUCCUGUCCCGCUGUUCAUACUUUAGGGAUGAAUGUACAGAUAAGGACAAGAAAGGAAUCAAGAGGUUACUCAACAAUGGCACCUACACUGCUGCCUUUCCCCUGCAUGAUUGUAGGUACUGGAUAAAGUCGAGGGAUGCUAACUGUGAAAGUGAGAGAAACACACUGCAUAAACACUGGGCCAGAUUCUUCUGUUUCUUUAAGGAGCAGCCACUCAACCUCAUCAGGAAGUAUUAUGGCGAGAAGAUUGGUAUUUAUUUUGCAUGGCUGGGUUUCUACACUGAGAUGCUGUUGUUUGCUGCCAUCGUUGGUACAAUUUGUUUCAUCUACGGAUUUCUAACCUACGAUGACAAUGAGUGGAGUAAAGAAAUAUGCAGUGCUGAGAUUGGAGGCCAAAUUAUCAUGUGCCCGCUGUGUGACAAGAAAUGUAGCUACUGGAAACUCAACACAACCUGUAACUCCUCAUGGCAAUCGCACCUGUUUGACAAUGUGGGAACAGUGUUUUUUGCAAUAUUCAUGGGGAUAUGGGUGACUCUCUUCUUGGAGUUCUGGAAGAGGCGACAGGCACGUCUUGAGUAUGAGUGGGAUCUGGUUGACUUUGAGGAGGAGCAACAGCAGCUGCAGCUUCGGCCUGAGUAUGAGACCAAGUGCACCAAAACCAAGAUGAACCGCAUCACUCAGGAAAUGGAGCCGUACUUACCCAUAACAAGCAAGUAUGCACGCUUAUGUCUCUCUGGAGCAACUGUCGUUUUCUGGAUCUCAUUGAUCAUUGCCUGCAUCAUUGGGGUGAUAGCGUACCGCCUGGCGGUAUAUGCGGCCUUCGCCAGCAUCAUGAAGGACAGUCCCACCAACAAACUGGAGGUGGUCGGCCCCUACAUCACACCACAGCUGGCCACCUCUGUCACCGCCUCCUGCAUCAACUUUGUCAUCAUUAUGAUCCUCAACCUCAUGUAUGAGAAAGUGGCUGUUUGGAUCACAGAUAUGGAGAUACCAAAGACUCACCUAGAAUAUGAGAACAAACUCACAGUGAAGAUGUUCCUCUUCCAGUUUGUUAACUACUACUCCUCCUGCUUCUACGUGGCUUUCUUCAAGGGAAAGUUUGUCGGCUAUCCUGGGAAUUAUGCUUACAUGUUUGGAAAGUGGAGCAAUCUGAGAAAUGAAGAGUGUGACCCCGGUGGCUGUCUGAUUGAGUUGACCACUCAGCUGGUCAUAGUGAUGACUGGUAAACAGGUGUGGGGAAACAUCCAAGAAGCUCUGGUCCCGUGGCUGAUGAACUGGUGGGGCAGCAGGAAGGCACGAAACCAACCGGAGAGUCUUUACAGCCGUUGGGAGCAGGACCACGACCUGCAGGUCUUCGGACCUUUGGGACUCUUCUAUGAAUACCUGGAAAUGGUGAUCCAGUUUGGUUUUAUUACGCUGUUUGUGGCCUCCUUCCCUCUGGCACCCCUACUGGCCCUUAUCAACAACAUCAUUGAAAUUAGAGUGGACUCCUGGAAGCUCACCACUCAGUUCAGACGACCUGUGGCAUCCAAGGCCCACAGUAUUGGUGCCUGGGAGGAAAUCCUCAGUGGAAUUGCAGUCCUCUCUGUAGUGACAAAUGCAUUUAUUGUGGCCUUCACCUCUGACAUGAUCCCUCGACUCGUGUACAUGUACGCCUACAACCCGGAGCAUGAGAUGAACAUGAAAGGCUACAUCAACAACAGCUUGUCCAUUUUUAAUAUAUCUGCAAUUCCACCUGAGAGCAGGCCGGAGGACGGAGAGAAUCCUGCCUGGUUCAACAGCUCCAUUAAUACCUGCAGGUAUCGUGAUUACCGCUAUCCUCCUGGCCAUGAGAAACAGUACUAUCACACCAUGCAGUUCUGGCAUAUUUUAGCUGCCAAGCUCGCUUUCAUUAUAAUCAUGGAGCACGUUGUCUUCAUGGUGAAGUUCUUUGUAGCCUGGAUGAUCCCUGACGUUCCCUCUGAUGUCAGAGCUCGGGUGAAAAGAGAACGCUACCUGGUCCAGGAAUAUCUCCACAACUAUGAGGUGGAGAAGCUGAAGAUUCAGCUCAGCCAUCAUGACAACAAUGAGUGUACCUGUGAACCCAUGAUCUAUCCGUCUCUACCGAGACACGAGGUUCUGUCUGAGUGUCUCUAGCCCAGGGAGCAAGGUGAUGUGUGAUUGCAGUGACCAUCACUCUGCUGUAGUGCCAGUGACAACCACAGUUAAAAACUACAGCAGUUGACAGCCGUUGUUCUACUAAUCUGGUGAGAGUUAAAAUGCUCCCAGACGAAAGACCAAGUUUCCAUGCAUGCUGGACUCAAGUGCUGCCUCAUAGGUAUAGCCCGUUUCCCUCUGCAUUAUAAUCA